AGGCGAAAGAACAGGAAGAUAUGUAAGAAGUGUGGAGUCGAAAUCACCGGCCAGUUCGUCAGAGCAUUGAGUGCUGCCUAUCAUGUGGAGUGUUUCAAGUGUCAUGACUGUGGAAAGCCUUGCGCUGCCAAGUUCUUUCCUUUCGAAUACACCGACCCCACUAACCCAGAAACCAAGUACCAAGUACCCCUUUGUGAGUACGAUUACUUCAAGAAGUUGGAAUUGAUUUGCCAUAACUGUAACAAUGCAUUAAGAGGACCGUACAUCACUGCCUUGGGCAACAAGUAUCAUUUGGAACACUUCAAGUGUAACGUGUGUCAACGAGUUUUUGAGUCCGACGAAAGUUACUACGAACAUGAGGAUAGUAUUUACUGCCACUUCCAUUACUCCAAGCUUUAUGCCUCACAUUGUGAAGGAUGCCAUUCUUCCAUUGUGAAACAGUUCGUUGAAUUGUACAGAGGUGGUAGAAACCAGCAGUGGCAUCCAGAGUGUUACAUGGUCCACAAAUUCUGGAAUGUGUGCAUUAUGGCUGAUUCUGUUGGAUUACAAUCGUCUUUUACGAUAGACGAAGACUACUUAUCCGAUUUGAAGUCGCUCAAGAAAAUAAUAGAUGAUGACAGCGAGAAGUCCAAUGCGCUUGGUCUUGAUCCAAAGGUGUUAUUAUCAAUUGAGCAACAAAUUGAAAAUGUUGUCAUGCAAUGCUGGUUAACAUUAUCGGGGUUUGAAGAAACAACCGCUGCAUGUAUCAGCGACAUGUUAUUGAAUGCAUGUACAGGAAACCAAGCAAAUGGAUUAUUGUCUACUGUCAAAUUAGUUUUGAAUAUUGAAAUCUUAUUUGUCGCCUUCGAUCAUGUCUCACAGGUGUGCCAAUCUUGCAUCCCAAUUUUGCGAGCAAGACUGAAAAGCAAAGACGCUUCUACAACCCAGGAUGGUGAUCUGGAAUCAUCUUUGAGUCUCGAGCAAGAAUAUUUCCAAACUAUCAAGAAAGAACCAAGAAAUUUAUCAGGAAAGGUCAUGAGCUAUUUGGCCAUUCUCAGAAAAUCAAACCAAAUUUCUCAAUCCGGAAGCUUAUCAGCAGAAUUAUUAUCUGUGAUUACUGGGUGUGCUCAUUACCUCAAGUUAUUGAUUAGAAUCGGACUUAAUAAUGCAUUGAGAGCCAAUAAGCUCUUGGGAACCACUUCUGCAACUGAUUUAUUCUUAAAUUCAGUUGUCAAGUUCGAGAAGUUUAAUAAACGUCUCGGAGAUGAGACUGAAAGUGACAUUACAUUGAUCAAAAAGCAAAUUGCCAUAUCCUCCAAAGCAACCGAUGCCUGUGUUGCAUGCUCCAAGAGUAUUGAGAAAUCUUGCGCUAGAUUUGAUGACAGAAGAUGGCAUUUGAAAUGCUUCAAAUGUUCGGCUUGUUCUAGAGUGAUACCACCUGAAGAGUUUGAAGUUACCAAGUUCGAUGCUCAAGAAUUAUCUGUUUUUUGUAAGGAUUGUGACCAUCCUGACGGUAUGGUUGGAUUUGAGCAUAUAAGCGAUUUGUCGCAAUUGGUUUACUUACUCCAUAUUGCAUUAUCUAGAUCACUGGCUGUCAUGAAAGUUGAUAUUGGCUCUAAAUUCCAACCGAAGAUUGAACAAAUCCCAGAAAACCAAGUUGUUCGACCAAAACGUCAAGCUUCUACAGCUUCUGCUCAUUCGAGAAUUGACGAAGCCAAAACAUCAGUUACUGAAAAUAACUAUUCCAAGACAAUAAGUGAUGUCACUAGAUUACGUACUAGACGACAAAGUCAAAAGCUUUCUAAUUCCAUCAAAAAGAAUGCAAGGAAGUCAGUUAUCUUAGAAGCACCAGUCGCAGAUAAAGCGAAAGAAGAUGAGGUUAACAUGAAUAGCUCCACGGUUGAUGAAAGUAUGAUUGAAGAAUUGUCUGAGGUAAGUGUGAGUACACCAGUAAUCCGAAACGACAGAAAGGCUAGUGCAGCAUCUCACUUAUCCUAUAUUGCUCUGCACAAUGAAAAUGAACACUUCAAUGUGAAGGCUGCCCUAAAGAUCCGCGAUGAACCCCAACGGCAAUUGACAAAUGGCCAUCUUGAUAGAACAUCCGACUUAUUAAAGAACGAAAAAUCUUUGACAUUGGAUGAUAUUCCCAGAAUUGUUGCAGCUGAGCAAGCAAGAGAUCAAAGACCUAAUGCAUUCAAGCAUCAUAAUUCAUUGUAUCAAAGACAAAAGCCCAUGGAUACAGUCAAGAAUGUCAACAAUAUGCCUGGGAAUAAUAAUGGAGGUAUAACACCAACCAAUGCAUUGGAGUCGAUCAUAAACGCUCCAUCAGCUCCGGUGUCUGCACCCAAGAGAUCUACUUACUAUUCAGAGUUAAGUAAAGAUGAGCAUUUCGUGAUGAGACACAUUGCUGUUGAAGCUUUAUUACACAUUACCGGAAACAAAUAUGUGAAGGAAGAAGUUCUUGCUUCAAUUCAGACCAAGAAGCAACCAACAUUUUGGGACAAAUUCAAGUUCGGCGGCCAGGAUAAACGUGAUAAAAAUAUGGCUGUUUUCGGCGUUGACUUACAAGAUUUGACCAAAAAGUACGGCGUUGAUUCUGAUUUGGGAGUUGGUCCUUCGAAAUUGAGAAUUCCUAUUGUUGUUGAUGAUGUGAUAAACGCAUUGAGACAGAAAGAUAUGUCUGUCGAAGGUAUCUUCAGAUUAAACGGUAACAUCAAAAAACUUAAAGAUCUUACUGAACAGAUCAACAAGAGCCCAUUGAAAUCUCCCGAUUUCAGUAGCCAGUCGGUAGUUCAAUUGGCAGCAUUGAUGAAAAAGUGGUUGAGAGAAUUACCCAAUCCGCUUUUGACUUUCAAUCUCUACGAUCUUUGGAUUUCGUCUCAAGCAGAGAAGAACUUAGUGAUACGUAAGAGAAUUCUACAAUUGGUCUACUGUAUGCUUCCAAGAAGCCACAGGAAUUUGGUUGAAGUCUUGCUUUACUUCUUCAGUUGGGUUGCUUCCUUCGCUGAGAUCGAUGAAGAAACUGGGUCCAAGAUGGACAUUCACAAUUUGGCAACGGUGAUUGCUCCCAACAUAUUAUUUGCGAAACAAGCUGCUGGAGCUGAAAGUACCCCGCAAUCCGGAGAAACUUACUUUUUGGCUAUCGAAGUAGUGAACCAAUUAAUAGAGAUCCACGAGGAGUUGAGUGUGAUUCCAGAGGAUCUUUUGCAGUUCUUCGAGAGGUGUGGUUUUAGUGGAUCCAAGUCCGAGAACUUGACCACCAAGGAGAUCAUGCAAAGGUUAGAGAAGGAAUCCAAGGAAGAUGCCAAUUUUUUCCGCAACUACGAGAAGCUUAGUGCACCGGACGUGGUGUCGAACCAAGUAGUCCACACCAACACCAUUUCUAGGGGCCACUCCAAGGUA